AGAAAUAGUUAAGCCCCUCCUCAACAAUUACCGCCACAUUUGAAUACGACAUUGUUAUUGGUGUAAUUUUUGAAGCCACAAUCACACUUGUAAAGCGAAUUGGCCGAAUUGGGUAAUCUGUCAUCUUGCCUAUUGCGUUUCUGCCGGUUUUUACGUUUUUACAUCUUUACUUGCGUCAAUUUGCCAUUAAUCUCCUUUAUUCACACAAAAUAGUCUUUAUAAAGACUCGUCGGUGUAUUCUAAAGAUAGUCAGGGUUAUAUUAUUCGCGAUCAAGAAAAGUUGUACGCAAACAUGAAUGUCGCCGGUGCUGCUUUCUCUCCACCGAAAAAACGUUCUGCCAAGCACUUUUCAGUUGAAGACAAAACUGGCAUUUUAAAUAUCUUCAAGGCAUAUUCGGAAGACAACCCGGAGGUAUCUAAAACGGAUAAAGUUGAGUUUACGGCUAAAGCAGCAGGUGUAAGCAUUCCGAGUGUCUACAAGAUUCUUCGGGAGUAUACAGAGGUACACGAACUUCAUUCACCUAAAAAAUAUUAUCGACCACGAGCAAUUUUGGACAAUAUUGAUUCCGGAACUAAAAGUAUUCUUCGACGUUUGCUUCAUUCUUUCUUUGAAAGAAAUGAACCACCUACCCUGAGUAAAGUUUUGGCAGUGUUACACGAAGACGAAGACUUACCCCAUUUGAAACGAACUACUUUAUGGAAAUUAAUAAAAGAAAUAGGUUUUCGGUCAGUAAACCUUUUUUCUUUACGUGUAUGUAGACAGGCAUUUAUCAACGGGCUAUCAACUGGAUUGAAAGAUCCAUCGGGCAAAGGAAAUCGCCUUAUUGUUCUCCAUAUAGGGUCCGAGGAUGGCUUCGUCGAGGAAGGUUUGCUGUGUUUUGAAUCGAAGAAAACAGGGGAUUAUCACGAAGAAAUAACCAGUGAAGUUUUUGAAAAGUGGUUUAUGGAAAUCGUUACACAUCUUGAUGAACAAUCUGUGAUUAUAAUGGACAACGCUUCAUAUCAUAGCAGGAAAAGUGAAAAAAAUACCAAACACCAGUACGAAAAAAGCUGA